AUAAUUCCGUACACCUCACACACCACUUCGCAAAGAUGGUUGUAGAAAAAAUUAACUUGCGUGAACCUUUCGAAAACGUCACUCGUCUGCUCAAAAUUUUGGGGUGUUGGUAUUUUCCAAACGAGAGCCUAGUUUACAAAAUGUACAAAAACUUUGCCUUGAUAACGUGUUGUAUGUACACUGUAACAAGCAUCAUUUAUUCGUUUAAAUACAUGUCCAUUGAUUACGAUAAAGCGUAUGAAAGCUUAGAAAUCGGAGUUGGUACAGCGGAAGGCGUGCUAAAGGGUAUAAUAUUCCGCAUGAAAUUCCAAAAAAUCACCGAAUCAUGGCAGCAAAUACAGCAACCAGAAUUUCAACCAAGGAACGAAAAACAAAAAAUGCUUCUAAGAAGAUACAUCUAUGUAACAAAAUUUCUCUUCAAAGUGUAUUUUUUUGUAGUGUAUAUUGUUUGUGUGACCGGACUCAUUGUGUCUUCUUUGCUGAGGCACAAAGAUCUACCGACGGACCACUGGUUACCGUUUGAUUACCGCAAACCGUUUUUGCAUCAGUAUAUUUAUCUCCACUUAACAGCCGGUCUAUAUCUGAACUCGUUAACAAAUUGUGCUGUAGACUCGUGUUUUUACUUGUCUUUGCUGCAUAUAACAGCUCAGUGUGAUGUACUUGCUGAUACUCUUAAAAACAUCCAUGACUUGGAUAAAUUAAAUGCCAAAAACGCUCCAGAACGGGAGAAUAAGGACCAAGUCAUGAAUAAGAUUCUCGUCGAAUGCAUGAAACAUUUUAAUCUUAUUAAAAAAUUCACUAAUCAAAUUACCGACUGUUUCAAAGAAAUUUUAACCUUGCAGUUUGUCCCAACAGUUGCAAUGAUUUGUAUGGGAAUGUAUAAAAUAUCCACGCUGCAAGCAUCAAGCUCACAGUUUUGGUUUUUUGUAUGUACUGAUCUGGGUGCCACGACCCAGAUUUUCAUUUACUGUUUUGUCGGAAAUCUGGUUACUACCACAAGCGAAAAAUUAUUUUAUGCAACUUUUAAGUCACAGUGGUACAACGCCUCUCAAAAAUUUAAGAAAAAUCUACUAACGUUCAUGAUGGCAGUACAGCAUCCUAUUAUUUUUUACGGUUGGGAUGUUUUUGCAAUCAACUAUGAAACGUUCAAAUCUAUCAUGCGGACAUCGUGGAGCAUCUGUGUUGCUCUUAAAAGUACACAAGAUUUAUAAUUUAUUAUGUUAUUAUUAUAUCACAAAGAAAAGUAAUUGUUCACAUUUACCCUUUGUACGUAUGCACAGUCACGAUCAAAUAGAAUGACACCCCCAAAACCGCGGCCCCAAAUCUUUUCGAAAUGAUACGGAAAAUGUGUGCGUUUAUGACCUAAAAGAUUUUAAUUGGACUUUUGCUAUCGGGCCCGGUUGAAAGGGCUGUCAUUUUUUUUUGAUCGUGACUGUACUCACUAUCAACAGCUCAAACCUUUAUUAGUGAAGAUAUAACAUCAAGAGUCCAAACGCCAGUUUUUAGAACUUUUAAGGCCGGUUUAUAGAACGCUUUGUUAAAAUUUAAUUCGUUGUUAAAAGUUAACAACGCGAAUGGACCAAUUAAAUUUGAAUUUGGUCACUUGGCCACUUAAUCACGCAUUUCAUUGCAGAUUAAAUUAAUGACAUUUCUAUAAACCGGUCUUUAAUCUUUAAUAUAUUUAAGCACAUUAUGCAAAAAAUCAGCGGAAUUAUGUAUUUCCAGCACAAAAUAUUAAUUUAGUUAAAGUACCUAAGUUCACACUUGUCACCCCAUUUAAUUGUUACCUACAUUUAAUAAUACACCGAAAUGCAUUCAG